AUGAAAGAAUCAUCAUGAAAAAGAUCUCAAAGACAAAAGAAGAUAUUAAAAAAAAAAUAUCAGAAGAGAAAGGUAAUGUUGCAGUAGAAGAAAAUAUAGACAAGCCUCUCCAAAAAGGUUUAGAUGCAGAAGAAAAUCAAAACAUGAUAGAAACGUUGAGAGGCAAAGUAAGAGAAAAACUAAAAAAUGCUAAGAUUAAUCAAGGUGAAAAAUCUUCAACUCAGCUAUUCAUUGAUAAGACAUAUCAACUGUCUAAGACUGCAGUCUCAUUGGAUGAAGAUGUUUCGUUUUUCAUUCUGAGUGGUGAAGAAGGCUCAGCUUUGGGCCAGUCUUCAGAGCAGAACUUUUCUGAGGGCCAAGAUGAAGAUUUUAUGGAAGAAGUCAUUUUUCCAGAUUUACUUGAAGUAAAAGCUGCUGAAUAUGAAGAUGAUCAAGAACAAAUCAAAAAACAACAGGCAAAUAUUUUUGUGCCAAGUAGUUCUCCAGUGGUCAACCAGCGUAAACUGCCGAAAGAUAUGAUGCCACGCAUUUUAGAAGAUGAAGGAUUCUAUAUUCAGAGAAAGCCAGAAAUAUAUAAAAAGACCUGCAACAAAAUGGAAAAUCGUCUGCUUAAACUAGAAGAGGGCAAGUGUUGGUUUGAAGAAAGUGGAGAAAUAAUGUCAUUACCUUCGCCUAUUAGACAGUCCUGGAAUUUUAGAGUCAACAUAAGCGAGGAAUCUUUAAAUCCAGCACUAAAGACCAUUUACAGGAAGGCAGUGAAAUCUGAUCUAGAAAGCUCUAUUGGGAAUAAAAUGGAAGGUCAAAGGGAAAUGUAUCAAUUAGAUCUCAACAUCGUGGGUUUGCAAUUCAGCCAUCAUGCUCUCUUCAAUCAAGAACAAGUAUUAUGUGCUAGGCUGCUUCAGCUUUAUGAGUGUUUUCAGGACAGGCAGCAACAGAAUUUACCUCAGCUGCUUUAUGAGAAGCUUAAAGCACUGACAGAUGCUACCAAAUUAGCAAACGAAAAUUUGGAAAUAAACCAGCUGACCAGAAAGUCUUUACAAGAUUAUUAUUGGCAGAUAAGUAAUACAAAACAGCUCUAUGACUUAGAAAGGGAAAAGGACUUCUCCCUACUACACAGUAUAUUACGGACUUGGAAACAGAUAAAAUCCCUUCGACAGCGGCAAGGGUUUACAAGCACCCCAAUAAAGUUACAGUUUCAGAGGGUAAAAAUGAAUAAAUGUGAUGAAGAAAAACAAGAACUGUCAGAAAUGUCUGAGACUGAAAUGAAAACGGAAAGAAAAGCAUUUAAGAAUGGGGAAAAACAGGAGAGCCUCUCAUGUUUAGCUUCAGAAGUUGAAGAAACAGAUAUUGAAAGAAUAAAGCCAAUUACCUUGAUGCCACAACUUUCUUUCACUGCAGAAUUAACAAACUUAUCCAAGUGUUCACUGCAUGAACAAAAGAGGAGAGCCAAAAUUCAGAAGCUUAAAUAUUUUAUUAAAAUAUUGUACAACGAUAAACAGGUUUCUCGUACUUCAGUAUCUCCCCUACAGUUUGAUUUUAAAGUCAUGUUUCAGCAGAUUUUCAAUAUUCAGUUAAUAUACUGGCCUGAAACAAUUUGCCUGGAGGUUUAUGAAAUAAGUAAAAGGACAAGCUUACUGGCAAAACUAUAUUUACCUUUACCUAACAACACAGAGCUGAAAAGCAAAACUGUUUUGGAAUACAUAGAGUUUAGCUCUGAUAAGCUGGUCAUACCUGCAUAUGGAGAAGUUGGAAGCAAUGUGCCUUUUGUUCUUGAGGGAAAUGGAACUGAAGAACUUUGUCUUUUGACAUCUGGAAAACUAAGCUAUUCUCUAUCAUGGGCUUUAGAUGAAAAUGGUAUUCCUCUGACACCUAUGUCACAGUCACUAAGAUCUACUUACUGCAGUGUGUUAAGGAAUGUAGAUGCAAGAGGUGUUCCUGGAAUUCCAUGGCUCGUUAAUACACAGAAGCUUUUUGAAUGGGCAAAUGAAGUCAGAAUUGACCCAAAUAAUCCAGAGUAUUCUGAUUUAAUGGAAUUUAUUAUGUACAUGAAACAUAAAGGGCAGGAUAUUCCAAAGUAUUUUCGUCUUGAACAGUUGCAAGAUGAAUUUAACUUUGUUUCUGAAGAGGAGAUGAAAAAAAGUAAACGUUUCCAGCUAUUGCAACUUAGAAAUGCAGGUCAAUUAGAUGUUUUCCUUCUGCAGCAAAUGCCCCUCUAUGAUAGAGAGAUUCCAGAUUUAGUCUUCCAGGAAUAUGAAAGUCAGAUAGAGAAGGAUAUGUCCAUUUCAGAUGUGAAUUCUAUUACCGCACAAAGGAUUAAUUCUGCCAAUUUUCUGAAAAAGAUGAGAAGGUUGAUAAUGAAAAGAAUUGUCAAAGUUAGCAAAUUUAACUUAUCAGAUAUUGUGGCUGAUUAUGAAGAAAUUGUAUCUGCAAGCCAGUUAACACAUGUAGUUUGUAAGCUUGUUGAACGACGAAGAAAGUUAAAGCCUUGGAGGAAAGAGAGGAAAAAAGUGGCAGCACAGACUGUCUGUGAUGGAGAUAUUAAGAUUCUUGUCAGAAUACUGAGGGCUUAUAAUAUUCCUACCAGGAAAACAAUAGUUAGUAGAGCCUUGGAUAUGCCUACUUAUUUGAUGUCAUCCAUGUCUCGCCUCAGACAUAAAGAAACAAUCAAAUCAGUAGCCUCAGAUGAGAUCUUAAAUGAGGAUACUGUAAACCCUUUUGUGGAAGUUUCCUUUCAACACACUGUAUACCAAACCAGUACUGCAAGUGGAUCUCAUCCAUGCUGGAACGAAGAAAUUAAAGUAGAUUUUAUCUCGCCAGGACAUGAUUAUAGCUUGUCAAGCUUAUCUAAAAUAAAAGAUAAUAUAUAUAUCAACAUUUUUGAUGAAAUGAUUGUUGAAAAACAUGAGAAUCACUGUUUCAAGAGCUGCAGUGGUCAUUCACAUAUAAGAAAGAAUUGGCUUGGAUCCAUUGUCUUCCCUUUCUCUGCUCUUCUGCAACAAUCUGAGGUUAGUGGAACAUUUCAAGUAAAUAUUCCACCAGUUUUGCUUGGGUAUACUUGGAGUAAGACUUAUGUGUCUCCUAAAGAAGAUUAUAAUGGGCAGAAUUUAAAAGAAUGUACUUUCUUAAAUAUUUUUGCUACCAUUGAACCUCAAAUAUCAUAUAUCACCUGUAAUCCAGAACUAGAUAAGUUUUCAGAUCAAAUAGAUGUUUUGGAGAGAGCACAGAUUUUUAAAAAAAGUUGUAAGGCAAUGUUUCCCAACCGAAGAAUCGUAACUACUGUUUUUAAUGAUGAAGGGAUACAGAUCUUAGUGACAAGAUAUAUCAAGGCAUUAAAUCCCCCUCAACAACUCCUGGAUAUAUUUCUUCAUGAUUCUAAUGCAACCCUUGACCUCGUUGCUCGCUUUGUGUCUUUGAUUCCUAUUAUGCCUGAUGCACUGGAUGAAAAUGAUGGUUUUUAUAUAUGGAUGACAUCAGAGCGCUGCAUCAGCUUGGCUAUUGGAAAUAAGGAGGAGCAUGCCAUACUUCUGUGUAAUUUCUUUCUGUAUUUUGGAAAGAAAGCUUUGGUCCUUCUGGGAACCUCAAUGUUGGAAGGGCAUGUGGCUUAUGUAUUAACUGAAGAAACUGAUGAAUAUUUGCUUUGGAAUCCAUUGACUGGGCAAUGUCAUAAGCAGUUUGACUCAUUUUGUCCCUUACAAAGUGUAGACUGUUUGUUUGAUGAUGGAAAUGUCUGGUUUAAUAUUCAACAAAAUAAUACACCAAUGGCUGUACAUUUUGACUGCUCAAAGGAAAGUUUCUGGAAACAGUUGCUUCCAAAAAAUUUUCAAGGGACAAAAGCACAAAGCAUACAGCCUGAGGAAAUAAUUUAUUCUGAUACUAAUAAAAUCAUGGUAGAAGAUCUGAAGAACAGGAUUGAAAGGACUCUGAAAUGUAAAAUGAUGGAAUGGCGACCUAAACAGCCAACACGUUGGAAUCGACAGUGUACUUUUAUUUUGCAACAAAUCCUUCCUAAGUUAGAACUUGGCACCGGAAGCUUUGUUUUAUCCGAAGAAGAGAGUGAAUUUGAAAGACUACUACAAUUUUAUUGGGUCGCAGGAUUUCCUAUCCAGAUGCCAUACACUGAUGUACAGUCAGUUAUUGAUGCCGUGUAUCAAACUGGAAUUCACUCCUCUGAAUUUCCCCAGACAGAAUUUGCUCUAGCUGUAUACAUUCACCCAUACCCAAACAACAUAUUAUCUGUGUGGGUGUAUUUGGCUUCCUUAGCUCGACAUCAGUGAAAAGGAAGAAGGGAAAGGAAAAGCUAAUACUAUGGGCCCUCAGACCAGAAGCAAACAAAACUUUUCUGGAACUUUGGAAUUUUGCCACUUAUCCUCAAGUCUAGCGAAGUGUGAGCUCAGUUUUUGGUUCACUUAUAGAGUUGGGCAGCAUGGAGACUCAUUCCCUGAGUCUUUGAGGACGAGUCUAGAUGACCUCCUCACUGGAGACCUCUACAUGGAGGACCUUUUGGGCAGUCUGGCAGCCUUGGGUCACUGUCUACAGUAGAUCUUAUUCUGGGAAAGAAGCAAUUCUGGCCUUUCCCUUUAAAGACAGUGGUACUCAGUUGUGGGCCUCACACCACCUCCAUCAAAAUCACCUUGUUGAAAAUGCAGAUUCCCACAUCCCACCCAAGACCUACUGAAUCAGAACUUCUGGAAGUGGAGCUCCAGAACCUACAUUCUUUUAAG